CAGUCAUCAUGUGCUUUGGCUUCAGUAUGAAUGUUCAAACUUUGUUUGGUACUAGUACAUGUUAUGUUCCAGUGCUGAUUUAGACAAGCAUGGAUAUAUGUCGUUAUAAAAUGAUAAUUGACAUAGGUGUUUAUGCUGUGUUUAUGGCAUGUGUCUGUUUGACAAAAUCUGAGUUGUGUGCUAAGUGGGAAGAUCGUGAGGCGGCCCCGAAUGAUGGACACGUCUUCAGAGAAAUACAGCCAUCAGGAUAUAUCAAAUGUUUGAAGGAAUGUAAACUGUCUACAGAAUGUGCGGACAUCGUAUUUAACAGGGAACAAUUAUACUGUGGCCUCGUCAGGAAGUCGACCCAAGUUCCCUCUCCGAUAGAUUUGUCGACACAACUUGGACCAUGCGCCACAAUAUCAUGUGGGGUAGACGAAAGAUGCAUUGAAUCGACACGUGGGCCUGGUGUUUGUAUAAACGCGAUGACAUGUGAUGGGAAAUAUUUCCAAAAUAGAUGCUUUUUCGAAGGUCAUUCCUCGGGCGAUUGGACCGUCGGGCGGGAUCAAUGCAGACAGCUUGGUGGAAGUUUAGUGACGAUUGAAUCUACCGACGUCAAUAGCUUGAUACUAACAGUAACAACAGCAGGAGUGUUUUGGGUUGGCGGAAACGACCUAGGAGCAGAAGGCACAUGGACUUGGAUAGAGAAUGAUCAGCAAAUCAAUCUCAACUCCCAUUGGGCCUUAAGAAAGCCAUCGGUCGCGUCUGACGUCAACUGUUUAGGCGUGACGUCUGCGGGCGUUUGGAUUGAUGUGGAUUGCUCACUUUCGGCAGCAUAUAUCUGUCAAACGUACCUCACACAAUAAAAUGGUUUCCUUUUUAAAACCGAA